AUGUUUUUCUCUCCUGUAGAUGACAAAUAUAUCGAUGGUGGAAUAAUCGCAAAUAAUCCUUGCCUUGAUCUACUUGCUGAAGUGCAACUAUACAACGGAAUUAACACAUAUCUGCGCCAUCCAGAGGACAACGUCGAGAUUGGUUGCGUUGUCUCACUUGGGACAGGUCAAAUACCUCUGUCACCACUUGAUCCGUUGCAUGUCGAGCUAUUUAAUCCCAUUUCUAGCGCCUAUGCUUUCAAAAACCUGAGCCUUAUUCUGGUGGAUCAGGUAACUGCAACAGAAGGUGCUCCUGUUGAUCGUGCGCGGUCGUGGUGUAAUUCGAUUGGGGUGCCAUUCUUCCGUCUUAGCGCACCCCUUCACAAGGACAUCGGUCUUGGGACGAAGAAUGAUCAUGAUAUCGCGAACAUGAUGUGGGAUUGCAUAGAGUACACGCACCGGCAUCGGCAGUACAUUACAAAACUGUGUACGCUGUUGAAGCAUAUUGGUAAAGUACCGGAUCGUCCUGUUGUCUUCGCGAAAGUUCGUGAAAUGCAGAGUACCGCUUGA